AUGUCAGCAUUGCUGACUACUCCAUCUUUGGUCGCACCUACCUUGCUAAAGACGCCGCAUUGGGUAUCGGGACUUUUGACGACGUCAGAACUUGCUUACCACUUCCAUCACGCUCGGCGCGGCCACCCCAACAUUCUUGAGAUUCACCACUUCCUCUGCAGCAUCAAAGCGAUGCAAACGGCAUUAGUCACUGGCGCCAGCGGUCUACUCGGCCGUCAAGUGCAGCGAGAGUUCCUCUUGGACGGUUGGAAGUCCGUUGGUACUGGCUUGAGCCGCAUCGCGUCACCUGAUGUUGUCAGGCUUGACAUUUUGAAUGAGAAAGAGAUCGAAACUGUGCUAGAUAAUACUAAACCAGAUGUCGUUGUUCAUUGCGCUGCGAACCGCUUCCCGGACUCAUGUACGGCGAAUCCAGAAGCAGCCAGGAAACUCAAUGUAGACUCCAGCCGAGCAUUGGCCGAAGCUACCACCUCUAGAGAUAUCUUUCUCAUAUAUCUCUCAACCGACUAUGUCUUUUCAGGUCGACCUGGAGACGCGCCUUACAAUACGGAUUCUACACCUAGUCCUCCAAAUCUUGUAGAGGGAGCUCACAGCAAUCUUAGAUACGGCCAGACCAAGCUUGAAGGCGAACAAGCCGUUCUCGAUGUCGCAAGAAAGGCUGGUACGAAGAACCAAGUUGUUGUUCUUCGAGUCCCCAUCCUGUACGGCUCUUGCGAUGAGCCCAAGGAAAGCGCAGUCAAUAUCCUCAUGUCGCAGCUGUGGAGUGCCCAACAAAUUCAAGACAGCCAGCCUAAGGUCCAGGUAGAUGAUUACGCGCUUCGAUACCCAACGAAUACCCAAGAUGUUGGCAGAGUAUGUCGCGAUAUUGCGAAGCUGUAUCUUGAUCCAGUCAAUGCAGAUCGAGAGCUUCCUGGCAUUCUCCAAUUCAGUUCUGAGGAUCGGAUGACGAAGUGGCAGAUCUGCCAGACCUUUGCCGAUAUCAUGGGCCUGCCACUUGAUAACAUGGCGCCCUCCAAACCUGAUGCCGAACCAAAAGACGGUACUAUCAGGCCUUACGACUGCCAUCUCGAUACUAGCGCAUUGAAAGAGCUAGGAAUUGAUGUAUCAACUGUCGACUUCCGCGCAUGGUGGCGUGUCGCACCUGAAGCCACCCGUGCCUAG